CACAAAGCACAUGUGUUCGUGUGGUAGUCGAGCGUCUUGCCUCGGUCGCCUGCUCUACCACCUGUGGCUACAAUUUCGGAGGUUCGCCGGAUUGAGUUACCCUGUUCACCUCUGAUUCGACGGUGCGCUGUCAAUAGCUGGUCGCCACCGCUUCUCCUUUCGACAAUGUGAAUGAUCUGCCCUUUCCUCGGUUUGCGCACGAUCCCUGUCGAGGCCUUGCCGGCUUCGACGAGGAUUCUCGUUCUUUGAACAUUCAUGUGCUUCUUCUCCGCAUGCAUACUCUCGUUAUAAGCUUGUUUCCCCGCAAACUCUCCACAUGUCCCGACCCUGAAUCUGAGUAGGGUCCGUUCUGUUGUGGGCGACCGAUCUUGUUUUCCUUGACAUCCGACCGUGCUCAGCAGCUACUAUCGAACAUGGAGGACAAGGAACUUGGACCUACUCGCUCGGAGGUCACACACGAAAGUGAGGAGCAUGUAGCACCCGCCGCAGCGCCCCAGAAGAAGGGAGGAGUUCUCAAUACUUUAUAUCCCCCUGGACCAAGGCCUGGUGCCGGACCACGAGUCAAGAAUCACUGCAGGAAGUUUUGGUGGUGUGACCUAAUUGUCAUUGCCGCCAUCAUCCUAGUGAUCGUUCUGCCAAUCAUAUACGUUGCGAUUCCGAAAAAGGCUCAGCACGACAUUAAUGCUUCAACCCUAGAGGUCACUGACCAGGAGGUCACAAACACGGAGCCAGAGAAGGUCCAUCUCAAGAUCAAGAGCGUCGCAAGAAGCAGCAGCUCAUUUCACCCUACUCUCGAUGCCUUCCAAGCCGGUCUCUCGCUACCAGGAAAGGAGCCCUUCCUCUUUCUCAACGUUCCGGAGACCAAGGCUGAUGCUGAGACGGAGAUCGACAUCGAGCAAGAUGCGCCCAUUGUCAACCUAGACUCGUUCAAGGAGUACACCAAGACCACCAUGGCCAGCGAGACCUUCACCGUCGUCAUGAGUGGCAAGACCAAGGUCCACCAGAAGGGUCUGUCGGCCAUCUCAGUCGACUACACCAAGAACAUCGAGAUGAAGGGCCUUAACAAGCUUUCCGGUCUCCAAAUCACCAACAUCAAGAUCCUCUUUGGCACCAAGAACAAGCUCUCCGACGGCUCCAACAUGAUCGGCAACGUCAUCAUCCCCAACCCCUCCGUCAUGACCCUCGAGCUCGGCAACGUCACCAUGAACCUGUCUAUCGACGGCACGGGCAUUGGCACCGCGCUCCUGCCCGACCUCAUGCUCAAGCCCGGCGAGAACAACAGCACCAUGUCGGCCAUCCUCGACCAGGAGGGCCUCCCGGUCAUCUCGCUUGUACAGAGCAAGUACAAGGACGGCGUUAUCCCGCUGGAGAUUGUGGGAAACAGCAGCAUCCGCAAUGGAGAGCACCUGGAGUACUUCGAGGAGGCGAUCAAGAGCACGAUUAUCAAGGUGAACCUGGACAUUGGGCCUGCGCUCAAGGACAUCGGGCUGCUCAACGUCACGAGCUCGUCAUAGGGUCGCGGCGGUACAUGGCGCGGGUGGGCUUUAUGUGUGGCCAUUUGCUUCCUUUUGGCGGCUCUUGCUCUCGGAGCUGGCUGCGCAGCGUGCUUGGACGUCACGCCCCUGUGGGGUCGGGAUCCAAGACACCAAUGUAUUUGUGCGAUGGGGCUUGCGGAAACUGGGUCAACGGUCGAUUCAUACGGCUUUCUAAUUCGUUUCAAUGAUGCAUCC